UUUUUAACAGGGCUUCUCCGACCAAUCAAUCAUUUGAGAGCGAAGAAGAAGAAGAAACUUGGGAGAUGGCGAUGCCGCUGGGCAUGGCGACGUAUCUGAUGAGAAUGGUUUGGUUUUCUCUGAGCGGUUGGGUGUUCACUUGUUUGUCUAUCGCCGACGAGAUCGCUGGUUCUCUUAGAAACGGAGAUAUUGGUCCUUUCCAUGUCGGAUGAAUCCAUAUCUUUAACUCUCCUUCUGUUAGAUGCGUAUAUGUUCUUACUUUCUCAAUUUUAAGUUUCCUUUUUUGUUUGAUCCGUUGUUGUUUUCGAUCAGAGUCUCUUUUGAGACUGAUAAUUUGAUAAUAGUUAAUGUUAAUAGAUGGUUAAGAUUUAGAUCAAGUUUGUGGAUGUGUUAUAUGUCUCAGCCGCUAUCUGUGUCUAGGUGUGACCAGUAGUUUGCUUCCUAUACGAGACUUGAUGAUGCUUUUUUGUGUUCUUGUGUUUAUAGAAGUAUGUUCAGGACCGUGAUCAUUUUAUAUUCAGAUAAUUUCUAUGA